GAAGCUCGUCCGCUGGUGCUCAGAGCGACGAUGCGUCGUCCGUAGAGCUCAAGUUCCCGCCAGCACCGCAACAAAGAUGGCGAUUGGACGAUGUCAAUCCCACCGAAACACUCCUCGUCCGCCUGCAGGCCCGGCUCCUGCGGCAUCUGCACGUCUACCUCCCGCACAAGCACACCCCACUCGCUCGACGCGGCCUUUCAGACAUUCAUCCACUUCACCGCCACAGUGCCUCUGUGCGAUGACCCGAAGCUCGCACCGCACAUGUUGCUCCUCCGGAUCCAGGCGCAGCUGUUCCGCAGCGGUCUGUUAGAGAAAAUGCAAACCCCGCGGAGUGUGUCGGCGGCGGGCGACAUCCCAACCGCGAUUGCGGUGCUGGACGCUGCGUUGGCCGAUAUGGCCGUUCUUCUGAACGCAUCGAGCCCCAAUCGGGAUAGCCCUCCGCCCGGCGAUGGCACGCAACGUCCCUUCACCCUCGCCACGCACCUCAUCGCCGGACUGUACGUGGUCUGUCUCAAGAGUACCAACCCCGACACGAUAGACGCAGCGCUGGCCCUGUUGCGGGACCCCCGAGUCCCGCGACGGGACGGGCUCUUGGAUGCAAGCACGGCGGCUGCAGUGGUGGAGACAUUGCGAAGUACGGCCGAAAGCGGCAGUGGGCGUGAUGGGAGGGGUUUGUGCUAUUCACGGUCGCUUUCCUCAGUGGCAGGGGGAUCUUAACUGCAGCGGGUGUUAGUUAGUGGAGGAGUGAACAACAUUCUUGGAUUUGAUGGAAGGAGAAAUAGCGGUGUUGCCUCCAGACCAGAGAAUGUAAUGGAUGUCUCUCUUGUUUAUGACUGAAAAGGCAUGAGCGGGGGCGUCACAUCCGUCAAUUGAUGAGCCUAUGCGGUGGACGUCCGAUUACUAUCGCACGGUCGCAUCCACGCUUCACCUGUCAGUGCCAUAUCAUCGAUGAUGGAAUCACAAACUAGCCGAGUCCAGCGUCCAUUUCCGAUGCAGCAUGUGUAAUGUCGAGGGAGGUCGGAGAAUGCUUGCCCG